CUUUCGAAUCUGGCAAUCUAACUCCCAUCCUUUGUUGCCCAAACUUGAUAUCCUUAAGCGCCUGUGUAAUGCUCAAGAAACCCAUGGACUUUCCUAUCUACUAAAAACUUAUAUCUUUUCUUCUAACCUCCCCCACCCUACAUCCAAAUUUAGUAUUUACCCUCUGUUUGAUGUUCCUUACGACGCCUUAGUUUUUCAGCCCAAUGUAGUAAUGGAUUUAGGUAUCAGUAAAGACUCUCCUGCCGCUGAAAAAGCUCUAAGUGCGAAACUCAAUUCAGAGUGGCCAGGCUGGCUCCCCAUAUUCACUGACGCAUCCAAACUCUCCGAAAACAGCAACGUGGGUUUGGCCGUAUGGCUGCCCAAGUACAAAGUUGCACUCAGUUUUAAGCGUCCCCCUGAGUCCUCGGUCUUCACGGGCGAGGCAACAGCUAUUCUCGAGGCGCUUCUGUACGCUGAGUCACACAAACUUAACAAAACUAUUAUCCUUUCUGAUUCGGCCAGUUCAUUACAAGCAAUUAUUUCCUUUCCCUUUAAAUCCAAAUCCAAAUUCCCUAUCAUUUUAAAAAUUAGAGAAACCCUAUUCCGUUGCAUGACUCAGGGUAUAGAAGUAGCUAUCGCUUGGAUACCUGGGCACAGUGGUAUUAUUGGACCGAGGCUGGAUAGAUCCUGGAAAGUGUCCUGGGACACUUCUAGGAAUUUUAAAGGUAAAUUUUACUCCCAUAUCCAACCUCAUAUCCCAAAAAAGCCAUGGUUUUUUAAAGCAAAACAGUUAGAUAAACCAGCAACUUCCACUCUUUGUAGACUGCGUCUGGGCCACGUGUGCACCCCGGUGCACUUGGCUAGGAUUCGGGUCCGUGAUAGCUCUGUCUGCGACUGCGGUGCCAGUGAAGGAUCUGUUGAUCAUCUCUUUUUCGAAUGUCCCAACCUUCAAACCUCCCUAUAUGACAUCCUCCCCCCCACCAUUCCCAAACCUGUAAAUACUAACUAUCUUCUUACCCUUGUACAUACUCCCCUUGUUAAUAUACUGUACAAAUUCCUUAAGACUAACAAUAUUAAACUGUAAAUGUGUUUGUACAUAUAUACUAACAAAUCUAACCAU